AUGAAGGCCCGUCUUCUGCUCUCCGUACUGGGCGCAGCCGUCGCUCCCGCGCUCGCUGCCGUCGCCACCCGCCAGACAAAGGGAAACCUGCCCCCAGUCACCGUCAAGGGCAAUGCCUUCUUCACCGGCAAUGAUCGCUUCUACAUCCGCGGUGUUGCUUACCAGCCAGGCGGUGCCUCGGACGCGGCUGACCCUCUGCUCGAUCUCACGAGCCUGAAGCGCGAUGUCGAGAACUUCAAGAAGCUGGGCAUCAACACGAUCCGUAUCUACACGAUCGACAACUCCAAGAACCACGACGAGGGCAUGAAGAUGCUCGACGACGCUGGUAUCUACCUGGCCCUCGACGCCAACACGCCCAAGUACUCACUUAACCGUGAGAACGCCAAGACGCUGCACACGUCGUACAACGACGUCUACCUGCAGUCUGUGUUUGCUACGAUUGAUGCCUUUGCCCCCUACAACAACCUGCUUGUUUUCUUCUCCGGAAACGAGGUCAUCAACGCCAAGAACAACUCCAACGCCGCCCCCUACAUCAAGGCCGUCACCCGCGACAUGAAGCAGUACAUUGCCAACAGGUACAACCGCGCCAUCCCCGUCGGAUACUCGGCUGCCGACGUCUCGGAGAACAUUGAACAGCAGGCCUUCUACUUCAACUGCGGCACCGACGAUGAGCGCUCCGACUUCUUCGCCUUCAACGACUACUCGUGGUGCGACCCCUCUUCGUUCACCAUCUCUGGCUGGGACCAAAAGGUCAAGACGUACGGCUCGUACAGCAAGCCCAUCUUCCUGUCCGAGUUUGGCUGCAUUACCAACACGCGUCAGUGGGGUGAGAUUGCUUCUCUCUACUCGAAGAACAUGACGAGCGUCUACUCUGGUGGUCUUGCGUACGAGUACACUGUUGAGCCCAACGGCUACGGUCUCGUCGAGGUCGGCUCUGGCGGCAAGAUUACGCCCAAUGCUGACUUCGACCGUCUUGCCAAGGCGCUCAAGAACACACCCAACCCUACCGGUGACGGCGGCUACAAGCAGGAUGGCAAGGCUUCCGAGUGCCCCAAGGAGUCUGACAACUGGCAAGUCGAGGGUACCAGCCUGCCUGCCAUCCCUAAGAAGGCCGCGCAGUACAUGAAGGAUGGCGCUGGUAAGGGUCCUGGUCUUUCUGGCGAUGGCUCGCACUUCUCUGGUGAGCCCAGCGAGUCGACUGCUACUGCUGGCUCUGGUCAGCCUUCCCGCACUCCCGGAUCCGGCAGCAGCCCCAACAACCAGGGUGCUGCCGCUGGCCUCGAUAUUCCUCUUCGCUUCUUGGGUAUGAUUGCUGCCAGCACUCUGUUUGGUGCUGUGCUUCUGUUUUAG